AUGGACGUCAGAGGCGGCUAUGCGAAGGAAUCGAUUUAUGAUACACUCAUGUGGCAGUGUAUCAUUCUGCCAUAUACGCUUUUCAAUUACCUCGCAUGGUACGUCAAAUGGGUGUUCAAGUACUGGAUAAAGCGAGAAGAAUAUGAUGAGGUUGCUAAGCUGUAUUUGAUACGUAAAUAUCUUGGACUUAGUGAAAGCCAAUUCAACUGCAUGAGUGAAGCUGAACAUGAAGAUAUGCUGGCACAAGAGCUAUGGAUAGACGAAAACUUCAAGAAAUGGAAAGAAGAGAAAGAUGCCGAAGAGCAGGAGAAGCUCGCCCGAAGUGGAAGGUUGGCGAUUUUUGCUGCUUGA